AUGGCAAAAGCAAAAUGUAAGACUCGCUCUUCUCGUGCCGGGCUUCAGUUCCCCGUCGGCCGUAUUCACCGUCUUCUACGCAAAGGAAACUAUUCCAAACGUGUCGGUGCAGGGGCCCCGGUCUACCUUGCUGCUGCAAUAGAAUAUUUAGCUGCUGAGGUGUUGGAAUUGGCUGGAAAUGCUGCCAGAGGCAACAAGAAAACUAGAAUUAUUCCCCAUCACUGGCAGUUAGCAAUCCGUAACGAUGAAGAAUUGAACAAACUUCUGUCCGGAGUAACUAUCGCCCAGGGUGGUGUUCUUUCUAACAUCCAGGCUGUCGUUCGGCGAGAGAUGAACAUAUCAACAGACGCUUCUACAUUAUCGCAACGAAUAGUACAGCGAUCGCUUAUUCACGUUUGCACAAAAAUGCAAAUGGCUGUGGCAAGUAUUGACUACAAGAAGCUUCUGGGUCUAUACCGUAGUAUUGACUACAAGAAGAUUCUGGGUCUGUACCGUAGUAUUGACUACAAGAAGCUUCUGGGUCUGUACCGUAGUAUUGACUACAAGAAGCUUCUGGGUCUGUACCGUAGUAUUGACUACAAGAAGCAAUGA